UUUUUUUUUUUUUUUUUUUUUGAAAUGUUUAAUUUUGAAACUCAUCCACUUUUUUUUUUUUCUGCUUCUCUUUCUUUUCGUCUUCAAUAUGUUUUUCACUCGUGUAUUAUUUGAAGCAGUAACUGAAGCUUCAGCUGUUAAAUCAAGAUCCGGUAAAAACUUGUAUCAAGUACUUAGUUCUCUUCCCAAUCAAGGUGUUGGUUCCCGGGUGGCACCUACUAAAUAUAUCAACAAUCCUAGCUUGAAGGACAGUUAUUAUGAAGUUACUAAAGUGAACCUGAAGCCUGGAACUACUCAUGGUCGUGCUUGGGGUGUACAAGUAUUGAAAGGAAGAACCAUUCAGGACGGCAAGCCAAUUGAAAUUCGUGGAGGAUUGAAAUUGAAAUGGAAGGAAUAUAAGGCUUAAAAUAGAUUGUAUAGAUAUUGUUUUAGUUUAUUGGUUUUUAUAUAUAAAGUGUAUGUCUUGUAAUAAUAUGUCAAAGAAAAUGUAUUGGUUUCGUAUGCUCUUUACAUUUGAUACUCCGAUGUGACAGCGUGCAGUUGGGCAAAUCAAAUAAAAUUGUUUCUGUUGUUUCUUUUUUC